UAGCUCUAUCGUUCAGUUCCAUUCGGUCGUACAUGGUGUGCUGCUUUGUCUCAGGGCGUACAUUUUUAGCCAGUCAUGAGGAGAUCGUGUUUUCUGUGCACUUCUCUGCGGCUUGCUUCAUUUUUCCUCCUCGCUCUUCAGUUUUGUAAGGCAGAUCUAAGAUAUGGCUACUCCAUGUUACAGUAUGGACACAAACUGGAGAGAAGGAUGAUAACGUCGUAUGAUGGAUAUAGUAUUCUGGAUUGUGUUGAGGAUUGUCUGAGAACAACACGAUGUCGGUCCGUCAACUACCACCAGGGAGGCCACUUCUGUCAGACCAACUUUAAAAGCAGGACAACUGAACCAACUCUGUAUAAAGAAAAGUCUGGCUGGAUAUACAGCGAUAAAGAAGAUUGGGACAAGGGAAUCGCUGGAUCUUGUUCAAAGACUAAUUGUGCUCUUAAUGAAAAAUGCAUUUCAAAACCUUUUGGACAAUCCUCUUGCGUACUCUCAGAUUGUGGUAUUCCUUCAUGGGGAGGGUUUUCAAUGAAUGAAGCACAGGAAUGGGAUGCAAUCGGUAUAUCAAGGAGAAUUCACAUAACGUGCGCUCCUGGAUAUAAAAAGCAAGGCUCUGAACAAUUCGUCUGUUUAUCGGACGGAACGUGGAAAACCGACGUUAUAUGCAGUUUGGAAGGCUGUCCAGUCCCUUAUACAGGGGUGUUCUCAAAUUCGAAAAGAGCUGGUCUGCAAUUUGUUGCCACAUCUGCUACUUAUCUAAAUGCAAGAUGUGACUGCGCAGCUGAUGGUGGAGAUUUAAUAAAAAUAGAUACGCAAACAAUGCUACGUAACUUCCUAAAUUUUAUUGAGACUGUUCUUUAUGCACCAAGUCAGUCUACGACGAAUCUUCGACAUAGCUACUCCAUGCUACAGUACGGACACAAACUAGACAGAAGGAUGAUAACGUCGUAUGAUGGAUAUAGUAUUCUGGACUGUGUGGAGGAUUGUCUGAGAACAACACGAUGUCAAUCCGUCAACUACCACCAGGGAGCCCACUUCUGCCAGACCAACUUUGAAACCAAUGUUUCUUCACCAGAUCUGUAUUUAGAGAAACCAGGGUGGAUAUAUAGUGCAAGAUCAGACUGGGAUAAGUUUAACGGUGUAGAGGAGCAGUCCCCCUGGUAG